UCUUAGUACUCUAUUAAUUGCUCGCAAGCAUCCCAACCCUUUUCCCCCGCCAACCUCAAACUCCAGCAUCGAGAGUAGCUCAAGGCCAUGGAAAUUAACAAAGCAAUACUCUACAUCAACUUUCUAGCAUUGCUAGCAUUGAGUUUUGCCACCAUGAUCCUCAUGAACAAACGGCUACGCCUCACUAAAAGAACCAUACCUUCCCUUCCACCCGGCCUGAUGGGAUACCCUAUCGUCGGCUGCUUUCCUGAAAUGAUGAAGAACAAGCCAGCAUUCCGAUGGAUACACCGAUUCAUGCAAGAAAUCAACACAGAAAUAGCAUGUUUUCGUCUUGGUAAUGCCUAUAUUAUCCCUGUUACUUCUCCUGAACUUGCUCGAGAGUUCCUGAAGGAACACGAUGUAAUUUUUGCCUCAAGGCCUGAUGCCUUGUCAGCUAAAUUGACAAGCAAUGGGUACUUGACAGCUAUCUUUUCACCAAACGGUGAUCAAUGGAAGAAAAUGAGGAGGGUUCUUACCUCAGAAGUGCUUUCACCGGCAAUGCACCGAUGGCUCUAUGGAAAAAGAUGUGAAGAAGCUGAUCAUAUGAUGAGAUAUGUGUACAAGCAAUGUCAAAGUCCUAUGACGGAUGGGCUUGUGAAUGUGAGAGUUGUUGCACAACAUUACUGUGGGAAUCUGGCUAGAAAAUUAAUUUUCAGUAAGAGGUUUUUUGGGACAGGAAUGGAGGAUGGAGGCCCUGGAGUGGAAGAGAAAGAGCAUUUGCAUGGAAUAUUCACAAUCUUGAAGUAUCUUUAUGGGUUGGGAAUUGCUGAUUAUCUUCCUUGGUUGGAGGUGUUGGAUCUGGAUGGGCAUAAAACGAUUCUCAAAAAUGCUAUAAAGAGUGUCAGAAAAUACCAAGAUUCAGAAAUCGAUAAGAGGUUUGAUGUGUGGCAACAAGGGAUAUGGAAGACAGAAGAGGAUGUUCUUGACGUUCUAAUUAACCUCAAGGAUGCAAACAACAUUCCUCUGUUGUCAAUUGAAGAGAUAAAAGCAGAAAUUAUUGAAAUAAUGCUAGCUGCAGUUGAUAAUCCAUCAAACGCAGUUGAAUGGGCUCUUGCAGAGAUGAUCAAUCAACCGGAUAUUCUUUAUCGGGCUUGUCAAGAACUGGACCAAGUUGUCGGCAGGGAUAGACUGGUAGAUGAAUCUGAUUUGUCUAAACUAAACUAUGUGAAAGCUUGUGCAAAAGAGGCAUUUAGGUUGCAUCCUAUGGUACCUUUUAAUCUCCCACAUGUAUCAUCUAAAGAUACCAUCGUGGGUGGCUAUUUGAUCCCCAAAGGCAGUCAAGUGUUGCUGAGUCGUCCCGGGCUAGGGCGAAAUCCUAGAAUUUGGGAAGACCCUCUCAUGUAUAAGCCCGAACGCCACAUUGUCAAUAAAGACUCAGAAGUCGUGCUUGUGGAUCAUGAGUUGCGCAUGUUAUCGUUUAGUACAGGAAGGAGAGGAUGUCCGGGUAUCGUGCUUGGUUCUACCAUGACUACUAUCCUUUUGGCUAGGCUUAUUCAGGGAUUCAAUUGGAGUACACCACCCAAUGGACAAAGCAAUAUCGACUUGGCUGAGUCGGAAGGAGAUAUGGUAAAGGCCACGCCGUUGAUUGCUCAUGCAGUGCCGCGGUUGGAACUACAUGUGUAUCGAAAACUAGUGUCCUAGUAUGUAGGAUCAUGGAUGUUGUGAAUGCUCGUUAAUUAUGAAAUAAAAUUAGCAUUUCUAUUUGUAUUUGGUAUGCGGGUUCUCUUUGUUCAUGUUGCUCUAAUUAUAUAUAU